AUGCUCAACUUCAAGUCGGCCGGCGUGCAGGAUGGCACGUUCGACCAGGCUGCCGCCUCGGGCCAGCCGCCGCGCCCGCCCGGCAUACCCGAGCACUACAUUUUCGACACCGAAGUGGAGCUGUGGAUGCCGCCGUCCGCCAUCGCAAAGGCCCGCUCCCGCUGCGUGCCACUGCCCGCCGCCCUCCUCUUACUCCACCGCCUCCACCGCGCCCGUCCUCUCGACGGCGACCAGCUCUGCUUUGACUCCACCAGGCCGCGGCUUUCGUUCACUAGUUCCUUCACUGGAAGAGUGGGUCGACCGCCAGGCCACCAGCUCUGCUUUGACUUCAUCAAUCGCGGCGCGUGCGCGCGGCUGCAGCGCGGCGAGACGUGUGCCGGGAGCACCCCCCGCCUCAUGAGCAAUCUCAAGUCUGACGCGUGCGCCAAGAAGUGA